AUGGCUGGUGAAACACGCUCCAAUGUACGAAAAAGUCAUUCGUUACUACCGGGUGGUCUAUUUUGUACGCUUAUGAUUGUUCUGGCAAGUGUUGUCGUUCAAAUGCGUUCUUCACCACCAUUAAACGAAUAUCUCUCCAACACCAUAUCGUCGAAAAAACCUUACGAAACAUUUGAACAGUUUUAUCCACAUUAUCUUCGUGAACAUAGCCAACAAACAACUCGAUUAUGGCAUUAUGUUGCUGGUGGUUUAUCUGCGUAUUCCGUUAUGCCAUUCUUUCGUCAUUUGUCGAAUGGUUUAGGUGAAGUCGGUGUGUUUUUCAUAGUCUAUCUGAUCGGUGGAAAAUUGAUUACACGAUCGUACAAAAAAGUUUUUUUACCUCUGUUAUUAGGAUACAGUUUUGCUUGGAUCGGUCAUUUCUUUUAUGAACACAACAAACCGGCAACAUUCAUCUAUCCGACGUUUAGUCUAAUGGGAGAUUUUCGUAUGGUUUAUGAUGCUAUUCGAAAACAAACAAUUUGA